UCUCUCUCUCUGUGGAGGAAGGAGAUGGAGAAGCUAUGAAGAUUCAUGUUAAGCGACCAUGCAGCUCACACACUACAAAGACUUGGGCUCCUACAGCGACCUGCUGUGCGACGAGGACGCCAGCGAGCUGGCGGACGACUCGCCGGAUCGAUCCAGGGAUGCCGAGUUCCCGGACGACUCGGACGAGUCCAUCGCCGGGUUCAUAGAGGGCGAGGCGGACUACACGCCCGGGUUCGACUACCCGGCUCGGUUCCGGUCCAACUCGCUCGACUCGACCUCCCGCCGGGAGGCAGUCGCCUGGAUUCUCAAGGUGAGUGCAUACUACCGUUUUCAAGAUCUAACGUCGUACCUCGCCGUCAACUACAUGGACCGGUUCCUUGCUUCUCACCGUUUACCGCAAAAUGUGUGGGCUCUGCAACUCUUAUCAGUGGCUUCCCUGUCGCUGGCUGCAAAGAUGGAGGAGACAUUAGUGCCUACCCUUUUGGAUUUGCAGAUUGAAGGCGCCGAGUUCGUCUUCGAGCCUCGAACGAUACGAAGGAUGGAGCUGCUUGUGCUCGGCGCCUUGGAUUGGAGGCUUCGAUCUGUAACGCCCUUCACUUACAUGGAUUUUUUCGCCUGCAAACUCGAUCCAUCAGGGAAAUCUGCAACGUAUUUGAUUUCAUGUGCCUCGAGCAUUAUAUUAGCAACAUUGCAUGAUAUCGAGUUCUUGAGUCACUGCCCAUCGUCGCUUGCUGCAGCAGCCAUUAUUCGUGCAGCUGAGGAUGUUGCAGAUCUAGCUUUGAUCGAUGCAGGGAUUGCAGUGUCAUGGUGCAUUGGACUAACCGAGGAUGGGAUUGGCAACUGCUACAGAUUGAUGCGAAGAGUUGCAGAGGGUGCUAUGUUGAAGAACCCUCUGGUCAACAUGGGGUCAAGGUUCUCACCUGCUUCUCUCCCCCCUGCUAAAAGAAGAAGAAAGAUGAGCAUAGGUGGGAGGAUAAGCUAAGCUUGCUUAUUGGUCUUUGUUCAGAUUCCUCAGUAUUUAGAGAGGAGAUUAGGUUUAUUCAACAGUGUGUGUAGGAUUUGGCUAUUUGUGAAAGCCAUGAUUGAAUGCAGAGAGUUGCAGAUUCCCAAUGGAGGGGGAUCUGCCAUUCUUCUUCUUUAUGGUGGAGUGUGUGCUUGUUGUUAGUGGAAGCGAGUGGGGGCUAUUGACAUCAAUGCCUGCAUUCAGUGAGCCAGAUGGUGUGUCUUUUUAGGGCCAUCGGAAGAAAUGAGAUGACACUCAAUUCGAGCAGCUUCAACUCUCAAAACGUUCCACAGCUUUCUGGUCAACCGGUCAACAUUCUCCCUAACCUCAUCAAUGUGUCUUCCAUGGACACAUGCUGUGUUUUCUUAUUGUAUUGAUUCACCUUAGUUUAUGUUGUGUGAUUUGAGUGUCACGCAUAGCAGUCAAAAGAUGAGACAGCUAUCAGAUUUCAG